CACAUCCAGAAGCUCCUGCGGCCAGACGCACGCAUCACUCCACACUCGAGGUGCCAAACUCCGGUUUUGAUACAACUCCGGGUCGGUGGAAGUGGAGAAGCUUGACAGUUUGUAGAGGGGGGACUCUGGUGAUUUAGACACCCCCUUCAUCCUCUUACUUCUGGGGAUUCCUACUUACUCUUUUUUCCUGCCUCCUCUUGCUGUUGUGUGGCUUUGACUUUGACAGAGAUUUACUACACGCGUUCUCCGGACAUGUCUUUCCCUCAGCUGGGGUACCCCCAGUUUCUCACUGCCUCUCAUGAGGUGUACGGGGGCGAGCGGCCGGCCUCUGCUCGGGAAGGAGUCGCAGAGGGCGGCGUGAGUUCGUCCGCUACAGCCGCGGCUGUCGGCUCCAUGCUGGGGAUGUACGGGAGCCCAUGGGCGCCUCAGAACUACAGUGCCUUUCUGCCGUACAGCGGAGCCACAGACCUCGCCCUCAUUUCCCAGAUGGGCUCCCAGUACGAGCUGAAGGACAGCUCGGGCUCCCACCCGACCGCUCUACCUGUUCACGCAGCUCAAGGCUUCUACCCGUACGGCCAGUACCCGUACGGAGACCCGUCGAGGGCCAAGACAGCCACUCGGGAGACCACCAGUACCCUGAAGGCCUGGCUGCAGGAGCAUCAGAAGAACCCCUACCCCACCAAAGGAGAGAAGAUCAUGCUCGCUAUAAUCACCCGGAUGACACUCACACAGGUGUCGACGUGGUUUGCAAACGCCCGCAGACGCCUAAAGAAGGAGAACAAGGUAACGUGGGGCCGCAGCGCGGAGGACCGGGACGGCCGAAUCUUCAGCAGCGACAACGAAGAUGAGGGCGGCAAAAACGGAAGCGACGAUGAAGAGGAAGACGAGGAAAUUGAUUUAGAAACUGUCGAUAUUGAAAGAACGGAGGAGCAGCGCGGAGGGGAUCAGGACUCUGGGAAGGGAGAGGGGGAGGAGGGCCUGGCAGUCAGAGAACAGGCCGCGGAGCCGAAGAGCUCGGACAGCAGCAGGACGCUUUCUGUGGAGGGCCUGCGAGGAGUGGAGGCUGCUAUUUCUCUUAACAGAUCGCCAGUUGUCAAACUCGCAGUGGAUCAUUCUCCCAACAGACAGGAGUGCCAGAGACCACCACAGAGCAAACCCAAAAUCUGGUCCCUGGCUGAGACCGCCACGGCCCCCGACAGCUCCCACAAACCCUCCCCACCGGCUCAUGCGCACCAUCCUGCUUUGGCCUCCGCUGGCCAUCCGGCCUUGCUCCCGGGUCAUGGGAUAUAUACAUGCCAGAUUGGCAAGCUGCAUAACUGGGCCAACGCGGCCUUUCUUAGUGCCAACUCUCUUUUGAACAUGAGGUCGCUCCUUGGUGGGGCGCCGGCCGGACACCUGCCUCUACACGGCACAGUACCGGUGGCGCGUCAUGACGCACGAUCGGCGGCGGCGGGCCCUGGAACAUCGGGGACGGAGGACGACAGUGAUGUGGAGUCGUCGGGAAGCUUCAGUCCAAAAAUUGAUGAAGAGAGCGACCACAGGCCUGAUUCCUUGAAGUCCCCAUUCCAGCUGAUCACUGACAGAAGUCAUCACGGGACAGCACCACAGCGAGUUUUGACAACGACAUCCUGAGAGGACAAAGCAGAAGAGAAAAAGAAGAAAGAAAUAACUUUAUUUAACGAAGAACAUUUUAAUGAAAGCUAUUUUCUGACAGUUAACCCUGUCAUAGUAUUACUGUUUAGCUUCUACAAACUGAAGAGAUUGUUGUUUUUGUCACAGAUUUGCUCGUAUCUCUCUUUUAUGUCCUCUGUUUUUCUUCUCAUCUUCUGUUGUGAAUGGAUACCUUGAAAAUUGUAAAUACAGGAUAUGAAUUUGUCUUAAAGAAUAUAUUUUUGGGGAACUAAA